AUGACAGAUGUAUCUAAUCACAGUGUUUUUCUCAUACCAUAUAUUAUCUUUCUAUUUUUUCUUGGUAUUCCAUUAUUUUAUCUUGAAGUUAAUCUGGGACAAUUUACUUCUCAAGGUGCAACUCACUGUUGGAAAAUGGCACCAAUAUUUAAAGGUCUUGGUAUUUCAAUGAGUAUAAUGUCAUUUUUUUUCACAAUUUAUUAUACUAUGUUAGUUGGUUAUUCAGUUCUAUAUUUUAUACUUUCAUUUCGUAAGGAACUUCAAUGGGCAACAUGUGGUUCAUGGGCAAAUUGUGUAAGUAAUUUUUCAUCGCUUACAACACAAAGUAAUUAUGAAAAUACUUAUAAAUAUCCAAAUGAUCGUUUUCUUUACACAUUUUUAGGUCAAAAUUUUACAGAAACUAGUUCAUCGAAUAUUACAAAUGGAACACAAUAUGGAAAACCUGUUCUACCAUCAGAUGAUUAUUUUAAUAAUUAUAUAUUAAAUAAAUCGGAAGGUAUUGAUUUUAUAUCAACAAUAGACUGGAGACUUGUAUUAUGUUUACUUGGUACAUGGAUAUUAAUUUAUAUUUGUCUUUUUGGUGGAGUAAAAGUUUCAGGAAAAAUUGUUUAUUUUACAUCAGUAUUUCCAUAUGUUAUUCUUCUUAUACUUGGUAUACGUGGUUGGAUGUUACCAGGAAUGUCAGAUGGAAUAUAUUUUUAUAUGAAACCUGAUGUAAGUCGUUUACGUGAAACACGUGUAUGGAACGAUGCAGCAAAUCAAAUUUUUUUUAUUUUAUCUGUUACAUAUGGUGGUUUAAUAACGUUAUCUAGUUAUAAUAAAUUUAAUCAAAGUACACUUGGAAAUACAUUACUUGUUUCAGUAGCUAACGUAAUAACUUCAAUAUUUGCUGGUUUUGUUAUGUUUGCAUAUUUGGGUUAUUUAGCACAUAUAACUGGACAAAAUGUUACAGAUGUUGUAUCACAAGGUCCUGGUCUUGCUUUUAUUGUUUAUCCAUAUGCAGUAACUACACUUCCAGUAGCACCAUUAUGGUCAAUUCUUUUCUUUUUUAUGCUUAUUUUACUUGGCCUUGAUUCUGUGUUUGCAGGUAUUGAAACAAUUGUUGUAACAGUAACAGAUCAAAUACAGAUAUUACGUCGAUAUAAUGCAUUAGUAACAUUUAUAGUUUGUACAGUACUGUUUGGACUUGGUUUACUUUUAUGUACUAAUGCUGGAUUUUAUUGGUUAACAUUAUUAGAUAAUUUUACUGGUUCUUAUGCAGCAUUUAUUAUUGGUUUAUUAGAAUGUAUAUGUAUUGCUUAUGUUUAUGGUAGUAAUAAUUUUCGUUCGGAUAUUGAAGCAAUGCUUGGUCCAAAAAAUUGGGGUGUACGACUUUAUGUUAUAUUUCAAAUAUGCUGGUCAUUUAUAACACCAUUAGUUAUUAUUGGAUUGAUUGUAUUUACAUCAUUAAAUUAUCCACCACUUGAAGUAGGAAAUUAUAAAUAUCCUCGUUGGGCAAAUAGUCUUGGUUGGGCUUUAAUGGGUUUAAUUUUAUCUGGAUUUGUAUUUUAUGCAAUAUAUGCUAUUAUUUAUUUUGUAAUUAUAAAAAAAAAUUCAUUUAGAAUUUUAAUUAAUCCACAACCAGAUUGGGGACCUUUAUUAGAACAAAAUCGAAAGAAAGUUAAUUAUUAUUAUGGUAAACAUGAUGGAUAUCUUGUUAGAUUAUUUGAUAAAAUCACAAAAAAAACUUUAUCAAAACAAAAAUUAGAUGGAUCAAACAGUAUUGACAUUGAUAAUAAUGGAGAAGAAACAUCAGCAUCAAAUCAACAAGCAAGAAAUCAAGUCGAAAUUGAAUUUACUAUCCGAUUAUAA